UCUUCCCAUGAAAGGUGUGUCCUGUUGGAACUGUAAUUUCCAGUAAGCAAUUCGCAACCGCAGCUAUUUCUAUUUGUGUAAAGUGACAAAUGAUUGUUAUCACUAUAUAUCGUAUGAAGACUAUAUACUGAUUUAUAGAUUCAUUGUUUUUUGUUUGUUCUUUUGAAGGAAUGAGUACGUCCUCAAAACUAUAAUAUAUCAUCAUUGUGUGGUCACAACGCUUGGGACUUUGAUAGCUGAUGAUGGUAAGCAGUCUUUUUAACAUAGCCUAUAAACAUGUAAGUAGAUUUAACCACGGUAUUUUUGCCUGAUCAUGAUUAAUAUUUGACAAGCUUUUUGUUUGUUAAUUACUUGUAGCAAUGAGUGACGGAAAUCUUCAAUGCUUCAACGACUAUGACGAAACUAUGGUUUGUCAUUUUAUAACUGACAAGUCUAAGUGUGCUGAAUACAGCAUGACGUUGAAACAAAAUAGAGGCAAAAAUGAUUGUACUUUCAAGGAAAAGGAGAGGUCCAAUGAUGUUUCCAAAUGUGGAUGCUCUAUUGAUCCAAUGCCCCUUAUUUCUGGGGAGGAGUUUAAUGCAACACUUUGGAAUUCUGGGAAGCGCCUAAAUUCCGAAGUCUUCAGUAUCAAUUACACCAUAAAACCCAAAACCCCCACCAUCCAAUAUGUGAAACCAACAAAAAAUGGGAAUUUCCAUAUCAAAUGGAAGACAAACUACCCUGAUAAGAAAGAGUUUUCUAAGAACUUGAUUGCCGAAUUGAGCUACAGAAAGAAAGGAGAAACAGAUGAGGUGUCCAAAAAUGAAUCAACAACUUCCUAUGAAUUACUUGGCAGAGACUUGGAGCCAAACACCAUUUAUGCUCUGAAGGUCAGAACCUAUACUGACUGGAGCGGCCGUUUCAGUGACUGGAGUGAAGAGUUGGAAUUCACUAACCCUGCAUCAUCUCGGAAAGUGCUCCAGAUUGUCAUUGUUUUCAGCUGCAUUGCUGUUAUCAUCAUCACAAGUGCUUUGUUUUGGUGCAGUGUUAGACUCAAAACCAAGUUGUGGGAUAAUAUUCCUCAAUGUUCAAACCCAGACCUUUUGUAUAUGGUUCCAGCAGUACCUAAGGUAUUGUCUCCUCCCAAAAUACUUUUAUCCUCCAUCUAUGUUGAUUCUUCAAAAAUGGACACCGAAGAAAAAACAUGGACAAACCCCGCGACAGUAGAUGGGAGCAGUGGAAGAGGCCGUGGCUCAGAGCUUGACUCAUCGUCUUCCCUGGGUCAUGCCCACACAUGUUCCACGAGCCCGGAGCCUAGUAAUGUGCAGAUCAUUAGCCAUCUUCAAGAGGCCCUGAGCAAAGUCUUUCCCAGCCUUGUUCCUUUGGAUGGGAAUCCUCAGUCAUUGCUCUUAGCCCCUCCUAUGACAGAUGAUGGUACAGAAAUGAACUGCCCUGAGUCAAAUCGAGACAUUGGUGUGUGUUCAUCUGACUACAAUCCUCUUCAUUUCAUGAGUGAGUCUGGAGGCUCUUGUUACAACAAUAAUACCUACUCCCCCUCAGUGCCCAUCAACUCCCUUCAAGAGUUAACACCAAGCAAGACGUCCUCAUUUCCUCUGCUCUUUUGUAACUCCUCCUACUAUUUUGGUGAGGCUGAAGGGUUGAGAAAUGGCCAUCCACAGCUGUUUCUUGGUACUGGUCAACAAGACCUUAACUUGUCCACUAACUGUGAACCCCUCUUGCAAACCGACAAUUCAUUUCACCCGUGUGAUGGCGCCAGUGAUGAUUCAGAGACUACCACGUCAUCAGAGGACACCAGUCUGAUCUACGGUUCUAACGUGUCCGAUGUUAUCAGUGUCGUUGCUGGAUAUCAGAGCUUCAGUGAGGCGGUUGGUAAGGACAGUGAGAGAGGAACUGAUGCCUUCAUAGAUGUGACACUGCCACUUAAGGGUUUCCAGGAUGUGGACAGAGAGCCUCUGAUUUACGAUGUGGAUCCAUGUUACCACAGCCUGCCUGACCCUGGAUGCAGCCUCCCCCCGAGUGAUGGCAAUUAUCAGGCUUUACAGAGCCUGGGACAAAAUUGCCCAGAUCAGUGGGUUUCAGACAAACUGCUGAACAAGUGUUUGGAGACUGAGAUCCAUCAAAGCUCCAUGGGGAACAUGCCUCUAAAUGUCAUACCCAACUCACAGGGAGGACAAUGUCAGAUACCUGGAAGUCCCUUUUUUACUGCUUUCUGUUCAGACCAAGCAAUGCAAAUAGACAAUGACAGCUCUUAUCAUUGUGUGUGAUUGGCCGGUAGAUACGGUAGACACUUUUGCAGUUCACAAUUUAUUUUAUUUUGGGGACUUAAGCUCAUAUAUAUAUAUAUAUAUAUAUAUAUAUAUAUAUAUGUUUUUCUAUUUUAUACAAACUGUUUGAAUACCUUUCUGCCAUGAAAAUGCUGUAGUCUCAAGUUCAGAAAUGUUCCACUUUUUGGAUGUACUGCUUCUGUAAAUAAACAUUUGUGUGUGGGAAACUGCAACAGUUAAUUGUUGAAGAGAUACAACAUGACUUGUCUUUGCCUCAUCUGUCUGAAACAUGUUGUUCAUCAUCUGGGAUGGAAAAAAAUAAGGAUGUGUACUUCAGUUGAAAUACUGAGCAAUAACAUCUAGAUUACACAUCAAGGUCGUCAAACUAGUCUCCAGCCUCUAAAAGUUACUUCUCUUCUAAUGGCUUCCCAAAAUAGUCAAAUAGUCAGACAGUUUCAUUGCAUCUGAUGCUUGAUAGACAAAAUAGUGUUAACAGUACAACCCUCAAGCAUGAGGUUGAAUUUCUGAAGAAAAAAGUGGUAGGCCUAGUUCCUUAUUGCAUUGUUUCUUGAAACAAGUACAUUGCAGCUUCCAUGGAAAUACACACCCACAAAGUAGAGCCAGCCCCUGAUGUCAUAGAUGUGUUGCGAAUCAGCUUAAACAAAAAAUUGGCUUUGUUUAGGGUUAUUUUCUGAGGAUGAAGUUCAUGUUUUGUAGUGUUUAUUGUAGAAAACAAACACUUUUUUCCCUUCAAAGCUCUUUGCUUAACUGGCGAAGCUUGAAUAAAGACUACCUGACUAGUGACACACAUAGCGAUGGUUUAUCAUGCAGAAAAUUGUGAGGCGUUUGCCAGUUUAACCAUCAAUAAUAUUAUACGGUUGCAAUGACUGAGGCAUUCAGCAUAAUUUCUUUCACAGUAUUGUGGUGGUUUUGUGACAGGAUGUUUUUGAACGAAGGCCAACAUAGAAGUGUGGAGACACAGGAGGGGAUUGUGUAAGGCCAUUUUCAGAGCCACAGGUCUGCUAUGCCAACUUGUCAUAUA